AUGGAUAUUUUCAAGAUUCUUUCUCGUGGAGCUUCGCUCAAGAAUAGCAAGCGGACGGCUGCAGACUUCUCGGUGCCCAAACCUGAGAAGCCCAUCGCAAAGCCUACAAAUGUCAAGGCUCAGGUGGAGAAGGAGACAGACUUUUUCAGAACCAAAGUAGGAAAGAAAAGCGAUGAAAAUCAUGGGGCUACUGAAGAAAAUGACGAGAAAUCCAACGAAAUUGACGAGAACGCCAGCGAUGAUGAAGAGUCUGAGCCUCUCGUGGUGAUUUCCACCCAGACAGAGGCAGAUGCAUUCAGAAAGAGAUCUCGCGCCAAGGUCUCCGGUCACGAUGUUCCCUUGCCUAUUGGCCUGUUCCAGGAUCUUGUAUCCCGCUUCAACAUGAACAAAAGACUCUUGCACAAUCUUCUAGACGCAGAGUUUGUAGAGCCUACACCUAUUCAAUGUGAGGCAGUUCCUACUACUUUGCACCUGCGAGAUGUCAUCGCAUGUGCCCCCACAGGUUCUGGUAAGACAUUGGCAUUCUUGAUUCCUAUGAUUCAGCUUCUUUUGGAAGACGCUCCAGCCAAGAACUCCAAGGUUCGUGGACUUAUCAUUGCACCAACCAAUGAAUUGGCUCUGCAGAUCCACCAACAGCUCCAGACGCUUACCAAGGGCCACAAAAGCCUUCCGAGCGCCAUUUUGUCUCGACAGCUCGCCACCAGACUCCUGGACAAUCUUGUUUCCGCGUCCAAGUAUGCCAUUAUCGUGUCCACUCCAUUGCGUCUAAUAGAUGUGGUGAAGAACGGUCACAUGGAUCUUUCCUCAGUGGAACAGUUGGUGAUUGAUGAGGCCGAUAGAUUGUUCGACAAGGGUUUCGUCGAGCAAACAGAUGCUAUUUUGGCGGAGCUCACCUAUCCAAAACUCAGAAAGUCCAUCUACUCCGCUACAAUUCCUGCCGGCGUGGAAGAGUUGGCCAACACCAUCAUGAAGGACCCAGUAAGAAUCAUUGUGGGCCAUAAGGAAGCAGCAUCGUCCAAUAUUGAUCAGAAAAUCGUGUUCACAGGAAGUGAAGACGGAAAGUUGGUUGCUGUGCGUCAAAUGAUCCAACAGGGAGAAUUCAAACCCCCCGUGAUAAUCUUUUUGCAAUCGAUCACAAGAGCAAAAGCAUUGUUUCAUGAAUUAUUAUAUGACAAGUUGAACGUUGACGUGAUCCAUGCAGAGAGAACACCAAAACAGAGAGACGAUGUGAUUAAAAGAUUCAAAAAUGGAGAUAUCUGGGUACUUAUCACCACCGAUGUGCUCGCUCGAGGAGUUGACUUCAAAGGUGUCAAUCUUGUGAUUAACUACGACGUACCACAAACAGCACAGGCCUAUGUUCACAGAAUCGGAAGAACCGGUAGAGGAGGGAAAGCCGGUAAAGCAGUCACUUUCUUCACCAAGGAGGAUAGUUUGGCCAUUAAGCCGAUUAUCAAUGUGAUGAAACAAUCUGGAUGCACUUCGGGCUACAGUGAAUGGAUGGAGAACAUGAGUAAACUCUCAGCACAAGACAAGAAGAAUAUUAGAAGAAAUGAGGCCUCCAGAAAACAGAUCAGUACUGUGCCAAAGGUCGUCAAGCAAAAGAGAAAGCAGAGACAAGAGAUGAUUGCCGCAUCGAAGAGGCGGAAGGAACAAGAAUAG